GUGUAGUUACAAUUAAAUAUUGGCAGGUGGCAGCAUUGCACCGCUGAGGAUUGCAGGUUUCAUGCUAGCUGUUGAGCUGUAGUGUCCUUACACUUUUCUUUCUGCUCCUACUUCUAGAAAGGUGAGGUUCAUGUGACCUUCCAGGCAGACAUGGAAUACCAUGAAAACUUGUGUGAAAAGGCCUUUUUGGGCUAUGAUUGGAUAGCAGGCCAGUUGGAUGCAGAAUCUUCUCUGUCUGAUCAGUCUGAGGAAUAUUUUACUGAGCUGAGAAACUUUCGUCAGGUGAACAAGGAUGAGUGCUUCUUCAGCAGCAUUGUCAGAGAGGAGGACGUUGAGUUUACAGCCCCUCCACUGGUGGAGCCCCAGUUAGACCUCCUUCCUUCCUUGGACACACACCAAUGUACUCAUUGCUACAGAGUUGACCGUCGCCUUUUUACUGUGCCUCUUGAACCUGAGGCUGCUUGUGCCAUCUGCAAGCUUCCAAGGAAUCACCUGCAGAGUAGUGAACAGAAGCCUGCCUUCAUAAGGAUCAGUAUCCCACGAUCAACCCUGCUGCCUGCCUACAAGUAUAAGGCACAUCGAAGAAAGAGUUUUGACCCUACGGACUCCUUGUCUCUGCCCUCUCACUGCCUUUCAGGAUGGUCCAACAAUGGCUCCUUAUCCACCUCACAUAGCAAUAGCUUUGGCAUAAGAAAGAGCUGCUCUGUGUCUGGGGUGCUGAACGGCAAGCUAUUAAGUUUGCUUCAUGACAAGAACUCUGAGGAACCUAUCAUCUCUUCAGAUGAACUUCUAAGCUUAUCGCAUGCUGCAGAGUAUCACUUCCAGAACAUGGAGGGGCCAACAAGGACAGUGCCUACCUCAGGAGACAGUGUUUACUAAUGCUUCUGAAAACAUUCCUAAUGUUUGUGCCAUAUAUCCCAUGUAGAUGAUGAACUCCCUGACUGACAACCUGGGCACUCUGUGCUGUACUUCACAUAUCAUUCAUCUGAAAUCUGUUUUAUGGUCUUUACAGUCUCUCUCCAUUUCUUGCUCCAUUGCAAAUACAUCAGGGGAAUCUUACACUGAAAAUCUUGCAUGAAUUUAUUUGUAAGAUCUGAUCUUUUUGGUAAUGAAUCCAUUGUUUGUGUGUUGUUUGAGUGAGGCUAGCAGAUAAUAAUUAUGACUGGGUUUCAUAUUAAAAAUAUUUAAAAUAAGGGAA